AUGGCACGCGUGACGAGAAAGAACGUUUUGAAUUUCAUCCUCGGGAUCAGCAUCGGCUUAAUCGUUUCGAAAGCGCUGUUGCAUGGAAGCCUUCUAUCAAAUCCUUCCCACAAAUCCCGGCCCAAGCCUGUCCAGCACAAACACGAAGAAUUCUUCAUCAAGCAGCCUGAGACUCAAGUCAGCACGACCGCAACUACAGCCACAACCACUACAGACGAGAAAGAGCCCGUGAUCGACAUCGACCCCUUGAAGCCCAUUUCCGGCCCGAAAAAAGAAUGCCCAUAUGAAACGGACGAUUUGGAAGGAGACAAUCAUCGACCAGCAGCGUUUUUGCCAACUUGGCGGGAUAUUCACGCACUUUCGAAAUCAUUGGACAUUGUUGAUGGCUGCCACGAGCCGAGCGAUUGUAUUCCAGUAGAGAAAGUGGCGAUUAUUAUUCCUUACAAAGACCGGGAAGAUCAUUUGCUCAAGUGGCUCUGGCACAUGCAUCAGAUGCUGGUGAGACAAAGGCGAUCGUACUGCGUGUUCGUGUCAGAACCGAUGGGUUCAGGACACUUUAACAAAGGAUCGACGAUGAAUGCAGCUGCCAAGGAAGCUAUCAACAGGGGUUUUGAUUGCAUCAUUCUUCAUGAUGUAGAUAUGCUGCUGGAAGAUGAUCGGAAUAUCUACCAAUGCCAGGAUGGCCCUGUUCAUUUGUCGCCGUUCAUUGACAAAUUUCACUACAAAGAUCACUAUGGAACGGAGUUUGGGGGAGUGACGAUGUUGAAAAAGGAGCAUUACUUAGCUGCCAAUGGAUAUUCCAACCUGUUUUGGGGCUGGGGAAAAGAAGAUGACGACAUGGUUUAUCGAGUCAAAGCUGCAGGCCUGACAAUCCGAAAGCCAGUUAACUACGAUUCUGGAAGAUAUUCCAUGAUUCCACAUCAACAUCCCUGGGCGUUUAGAAAUAAUCGGAUCACUGACAAAAACUCGGAUCUUCGAUUUUUGAGUCUUCAAAGCAUUGGGCUUGUGAAAAAAAGAUCGAAGUUCGAGGGCAUUUCGUCGAUCGAAUACAAAGUCGAGAAGGAGGAAAAAGAGCCGAGUCAUAUCAAACUUUUUGUUGAUUUCCGACCAUUGGAUGUGAAGAAGAUUGAUAUAAGUUUGACUUCAGGCCCCCCUCUACUGAAAAUCGAUACGUACAACAAGAAAGAUAUGAAAUAUAUCGAGUUGAAAGACACCUAUAUUUGCAAGGAUUUCGGAUUUUCAAGUGUCAUGAAAUGGCUCUCAAACUGGAAAGCUAGCAAGAAAUCUGCUUUGGAUAAGUGCACUCAAUUCUCCGACUACUGUAUCGCGAUUGUUCAUCCUAACUCUCCCGAUGCCUCCACCGGCUUCAAUCUUCGGGAAGUUUCCCAGCUCAUUUCCGCAGCAACUGCUACUAGAUCCGAUGGAUGCCCAUGCGAAAAGGGAGGAUGUCCUCCUGAAGUGACACCUGAAGAUCAUCCUGUUGUUUAUCAUCACCAAGAGCUUGGAUCACAAAUGCGGCUGCACGUGAUUGAAGAUCCUUUGAAAAUGAAGGAAAAAGCGAGCUUCAAAAUCGACCUCGGCUUUCACUGGAUAAAUGGAGGUGACAAGGGAGUCUACUACCGGCAUGCUCUUGUUUGGGAAGGACAAGCCGUAGAUGAAGUCUUGCAGAUAGAGUUGAUGGCACCUGGUACUAAAUUGGACGCAAGAGAAGGAACAGAAUUUCAAGUUGAUAUUCCGACGCCGGCACCGGGCUGGUACACUGUCUUGACAAAGAUCACGGAUGUAAUCGGGCAGCCGAUGUUUGAGCUCCGCUGGGCGUUCCGAGUCACCACCCAAAAUCAAGCUGAAGAUAAUCGCAUCCUUGCGACGGCGUCUGCAGCUCAACUCUUCAAGGGAACACCAUGGGCUAAUGCCAUUCCAUUCCAAACGUUCAAAACAAACCUGGAGAAAUAUUUUGACAAAUCUGCCCAGACAAAUUAG